CCAACAUCACCGAUUUGGAGGCAGCUGCCAUUUAUAAGUGAAAAGGAAGUAUGAUCGAUCAUCGGAUGACGAGUGGACUCAGGCCUCAUUUCCAUUCAGAACCCGCAGGUGUUCUUCGCCACAGCUUCUCAAACUCGCUAGAAGAGCGAAACCGUACCACAAAAUAUCACACCGAACAACACCCAGUAUCUUCCCCGGCUGCUUGUCGUCCUACCGCGUCCUUCCAACUACCCCGUCUUUGAGAUUAUUGGCCGCUCUGCAGGACUUGAUUGCGUUGCACAGCCAAAAUGCCGGCCGCCGAGAGGACACCGCAGACCCUCUACGAUAAGGUCUUCCAGGCCCACAUCGUCGACGAGAAGCUCGACGGCACCAUCCUCCUCUACAUCGACCGUCACCUGGUCCAUGAGGUCACAUCACCACAAGCGUUCGAAGGCCUGGAGGUCGCUGGCCGCAAGGUCAGGAGACCGGACUGCACCCUCGCCACAACCGACCAUAAUGUCCCCACAACCUCGAGGAAAGCCCUCAAGGACAUCGCGAGCUUCAUUCAGGAAGACGACUCGCGGACACAGUGCGUGACGCUUGAGGAGAACGUGAAGAAGUUUGGCAUCACAUACUUUGGCUUGAGCGACAAGAGGCAAGGCAUCGUCCACGUUAUCGGCCCUGAGCAGGGCUUCACUCUGCCCGGCACAACUGUGGUCUGCGGUGACAGCCACACUUCGACUCAUGGCGCUUUCGGCGCCCUCGCCUUUGGCAUCGGCACCAGCGAGGUUGAGCACGUCCUGGCCACGCAGUGCCUGAUAACCAAGCGCAGCAAGAACAUGAGGAUACAGGUCGACGGCGAGCUGGCGCCGGGUGUCAGUUCCAAGGACGUGGUCCUCCACGCCAUAGGCAAGAUCGGCACUGCCGGCGGCACCGGCGCCGUCAUCGAGUUCUGCGGCUCCGUCAUCCGCUCGCUCAGCAUGGAGGCCCGCAUGUCCAUCUGCAAUAUGUCCAUCGAGGGUGGCGCGCGGGCCGGCAUGGUCGCCCCAGACGAGGUAACGUUUGAGUACCUCAAGGGGAAGCCGCUGGCACCCAAGUACGGCACCGAAGAGUGGGACCGGGCUGUUGCCUAUUGGAAGUCGCUUCGGUCCGAUCCCGAUGCCAAGUACGACAUCGACGUCUUCAUUGAUGCCAAGGACAUUGUCCCUACCGUGACCUGGGGUACCAGCCCCGAGGACGUCGUCCCCAUCACCGGCGUUGUGCCCGACCCCGAGACCUUCCCUACCGAGGCCAAGAAGGCCGCUGGGCGGCGCAUGCUCGAGUACAUGGGCCUGGUCCCCGGGACCCCGAUGGAGGAUAUUGUGGUUGACAAGGUCUUCAUCGGCUCCUGCACAAACUCCAGAAUCGAGGAUCUCCGCGCCGCCGCUUUCGUCGUCAAGGGAAAGAAGGUUGCAUCCAACAUCAAGCGCGCCAUGAUCGUACCGGGGUCCGGUUUGGUCAAAGAACAAGCUGAGAAGGAAGGUCUCGACAAAAUCUUCGUCGAUGCCGGGUUUGAGUGGCGCGAGGCGGGCUGCAGUAUGUGCCUGGGCAUGAAUCCCGAUAUUCUCUCGCCCAAGGAGAGGUGUGCUAGCACUAGCAACCGCAACUUUGAGGGCCGCCAGGGCGCUCAAGGCCGGACACACCUCAUGUCGCCAGUUAUGGCCGCCGCUGCCGCCAUCGUUGGCAAGCUCGCCGACGUGCGCAAGAUCUCGCAGUACAAUGGCAGCCCGCACGUCGAGGCCGCCGUCGCUCCGGAGACUGCCGCUACUUUUUCCGGACCGUCCGCCGACUCAAAGGCUCACCCCGACGAACGCAUUGCCACGGACGACCACGAAAAGGAGGCCCUGACGGACCAGCCCGAGGACUCGUCCCCGCAGGUCAACACCACCCUCACGCACAGCGGCGCUGGCUCGUCGGCAGGCGGCCUCCCCAAGUUUACGGUGCUCAAGGGCAUCGCGGCGCCGAUGGAGAAGGCCAACAUCGACACAGACGCCAUUAUCCCGAAGCAGUUCCUCAAGACGAUCAAGCGCACGGGGCUGGGCAGUGCGCUCUUUUACGAAAUGCGGUACUCGGCGCCGGGCGUCGAGAACCCGGAAUUUGUGCUCAACCGCGAGCCGUACCGCCAGGCAAAGAUCAUUGUCUGCACGGGGCCCAAUUUCGGAUGCGGCUCGUCGCGCGAGCACGCGCCCUGGGCGCUCAAUGAUUUUGGCGUCAAGAGCGUGAUUGCCCCGUCGUUUGCUGAUAUUUUCUUCAAUAACUCGUUCAAGAAUGGCAUGCUACCUAUCGCCAUUAAGAAUAAGGAGGAUCUCGAACGUGUGCAUGCCGAGGCUGUGGCGGGGCGGGAGAUUGAGAUUGAUCUGCCGAACCAGGUUAUCAAGGACGCCGAGGGACAGCGGCUGUGCGGGUUUGAAGUGGAGGAGUUUAGGAAGCACUGUCUGGUCAAUGGGCUGGACGAUAUCGGGCUCACGAUGCAGAUGGAGGACAAGAUUGCGGAGUUUGAGAGGAAGAUGUCGAGGGAGACGCCGUGGCUGGAUGGGAGUGGCUAUCUCAAGCGAAAGGGCAUGGGCGGGAAGCUGGCUGUCAAGGCGGCGCCGGUGCCGAGGACGAAUAGGGGGGAUGUCAAGACUGAGCCGUUGGAGUGGUGAAUUCUUACGUGGGGUCGUGGUCGGGGAGCCAGGGGUUGAAGGGCGGGGGCCGGACAAUGUGUUUAAGAUACCUGGGAUGAUGACUACUUGUUCGUCGUUUGAUAUUUGAGUUGAGGUUGUUGUUGGGUGGGGUUGUCCGUCCUCUUGCGCUGAUUUUUGCACAGACAACGAUGCAUUGCGGAGGGCUUUCCCGCAAACGACGCUGAGUUGAGUUCGUUAUGGUGCAAACUGUAACUACAUCCUGUGUGAUCUGUGUGGAUUGUUUGCUGGGGUUGCGUUGGUGUAGACUGUAUCUCUGACUCCGGUCAACGCCCUCUGCUUUCUUCUGGUGCUUUGAGCCAGGCUCUGGGAUCCGGUUACCUUAUUAUGCCUGAACAAACUCGAUGCCCUGACUUCUCUGUCUAGCUCUUACUCUCUCAGCGUCCCUGAGUCGAAGCCGUUGCACGACUG